GCCGCUCCCCACAAACUUUGACAACAAGACGUGCCACUUGUUCAGUCUGUGGUGAACUUGGGCAGUGGGAGCACCGGCCGUCGUCAUGGAGGCCGCAAGUGCCAGUGAAAUGGGUUAUGAUGAGUUUACGAGAAAGUUAUAAGAUAAGUUGGGUGUACAGUGAAGAGAAGAGUGUGAUCUAGAUAGAUAGUGGCGGAGAGUGUUGUAUUAGAGCCCCUAGAGAGCCCUGUAUUAUGAGUUAAGGCUCUCUCUUAAUAAAGCACUCGGCCUCUCGUCUUGAGGCACCCAACACCAUCUUAAGAUUUGUGGAUUUGUACAGUGUGAGUGAUCUAGUGUGAGGUGUGAGGGUGGCAGCGUGAGGGGGGGUAGACUCACCCUACAGGACUUGCACUCACCUCUCAGCCAAUGGUGGUGAGUAUGGCGAGCUGAGCGGUAGUGUCGUGAAGGGAGGUAACGAGCGCCCUUCACUUCAAGCCGGACUUGGGAUAGAGGUACGAAGAUGGCUGUGUAAGCCUGAGGCCGCCGCCCCUGCCACGGAGAAGGUGGGGUGAGCAAGAUGGUUGAGAGGCAGUUUUGGAGAGGCUGUGUGAAGAUGGCGGCGGCUCCGGAGUACGCGUCCCCAGUGCUGGUGUUUCCCCGCGAGCCUCCUAGGUUCCUCCUGCCUGCCUAGGGCGGAGGUCCAGGCUCCAGUGGGUCUCAUCAGCUGGCUACAGGAGGAUUACACCAAGUGCUGAUCUUGAGCUAUUCCUCCUGCUGGCCAGGCCGCCUAAGAAGUGCGCACAACCAUUAAUCAUGUGAUACUCUGCAUGGUCUGAGUACCACACACAAACAAUAUAUUUGAGACUAAGAUUAAAUAACUAAAUCCAAGAAGAGAGAAUCACGGAAGAUUUGGUGACAGCCUCGAGUACCACGUCGCGCUUGGUCGCUUACCUCCUCCACGCGCCAGUAAAACUUUUAACGCUGGUUCAAGUGCAGUGUUUUAAACUGGCUGUUUUUGCGGUGCUCCCGACAUUCCGCCAUAGUGGCAGGGGUGGGCGGGGGCACGGCGCUGGCUGGGGGUGCAGGCCCUGAUAAUAUGGCCGACUUCCAGCAGGGCCGACAAGUUGUUGUUGAUCGCCUAAAGCGACGCCUGGGACACUACCGCCAGAACCAUAAUUCAGUCACCAGUAGAUUUGACACCUCAAUUGAGACACUUUAUACUGACCAGCAGAAGCAGACUCUUCUUCUCAAGCAGAGGCAUAUAGAAUCAAAAGCCAAAAAGACAAACAAAAAAACUACAGAAAAUAAGAAACAGGAUAAUAAUACCUUAUUGGCCACAAUGGGGCAGUCGAAGAUGCUUGCCCGAGGGCAUGACCAGACCACUUCAUCUGGCGAGACCCAUGAAAAUGAACCAGCUGCCAAAAAGCAACGUUUGAAUAAUGGUGGCCCACCUCAUGGGGGACCCAUGCAUAGCAAUCCUUCCCAUGGUGGUGGUCCUCAUGGUGGGCCUCCUCAUGGGGGCCCUAUUCAUGCUGGCUCAUCCCAAUCCAGUGGAGCAACAGGAGACAUCAACGAUUUUCAAAUGGUGCAACAACUUCCUAAUAUAAAAAAAACGGAAUCUCCUGUGCCUACAGGUGCUACUACCUCUGCCUCAAAUGGCUCCCCUGUAGAUGAUGUCAAAAAAGAGCAGCAAGAUCUAGACAUCACCCUCCUUGAUGACAUUGAUGACUUUGGUAACAUUGGUGAUAUUGAUGAUAUGGGGAUCAAUUUUGAUCAGUUUAUGAGUGAUUUAGAUUUUGACAAUAUUAAACAAGAAAAUAGUAACUCUGGUUUGGGUGAUUUUGUGAAAGAGGAAUCUGUGGAUAAUUUAUUCGAUAAUGAACCGUCUAGUGUUAGUAGUGACAGUGGUGUUGCAAGUGGGAAUGCUAAUGCUCAGAGCCCUCAGGUUGCUAUGAGUAAGGCAGGGGGUACAUCUACUUCCUCAGCUUCUCCAGUGUUUUCACAAUAUCCAGGAACUCCCCCAGUGUCUCAUACCUCUACCCCACCUACCUCCUUCACCCAAACCUCAUUCAACCCCACCUCCACCUCUAGUACGUCUGGCUCCCCAACUCCCUUCUCUGCCACCAGUAGUGUGCCAAAAAUACGAAUGGGCCAAUCUGACAUGAUUCCUGCUGCUCAAACUCUGAAGCAAAUGGCAGAGCAACAUCAAAUAAAGAUGGUGUCCACUGGACCUAAUAAUAUUCGGCAGGGUUUUGCCGAUUAUCAGUUGAAUAACAUUAAUAAUCCUGCAGGCCCUGGCAUGAUGGCUCAGCCAGGGAGCAUUAAUAAUCAAAUGUAUACUAGUAACAUGAAUCAAACAAAUGCCAUGUACAACAAUCAAAAUAGUGGUAUGAGUGAAAUGGAAAUUAAAAAGCGACAAUUAUUACAACAACAAAUGGCACAACAGCAGCAGCAGCAACAGCAACAGCAGCAACACCAUCAUCAACAGCAGCCCCAACAACAAUCACAGCAGCAGCAACAGGCCCAGCAGCAGCAGCCAGGAAACCAACAGCAAGCACAGAUGCCAGGAGGAAUGGUGCCAUACCAAAAUCGCAUGUCACCUAUGGGCUCCUACCCCAAUUCUUCUCAGCCUGGUACUUUAACUCCUCAACAGUAUCAGAUGGCUGGAGCUAUGGGGACUGGGGUAAGGGGGCCUUACCCAGGGGGACCUCGGGGCCCAUCACCAAUACCACCAGGGUCACAGGCGGGAGGACCUUCACCCAUGACUGCUGGUGCACAGCUGGGUGGUCAGAUGGGAGCAGAUGGCAAAAUGAGUAAUGAGAUGUUCUACCAGGGCCAGAUGAGUGGGCAGUAUGCUAUGAGCCAGCCACAACCACCACGAUAUCCUGGCCAACAGAUGAUGGGCCCAGGCACCAUGAUGCGACAUGUGACUCCAGCAGGGGGUCAGAUGGUCGGUCAGACUGGCCAGAUGAUGUCUCGUCCACCACCGCCCGAAUAUCGGCAAGUUACACUAUUGCAGCAGCAGCAACAGAUGAUGGGUCAACCUAUGCCCCAGCCAAUGUCCCAGAUGGGUCAAAAUAUGGGUCAGAUGAGCUACCAAGGCAUGCGACCAAAUAUGAGACCAGGUAUGGUUAGUGGCCCUAUGGUCAAUAUGGGGACAAGUCAAAUGAUGGGUGGUAUGACACAGCAAACAUUACCCCCUAAUAUGCCCACCAUGAAGCCUGGUAUGGUACCAACUACAACCAUGAAUCCCACAUCUAGUAUGCCAAGUAGUACCAUUACUGGGGCUUCCAUGCCUACCAUGAGUGUGGGGACUAUAUCAGCUAGUAACAUGAGUAAUAGCCUAGGUCAAGUCAGCACAGCCGGUACCAUGGGUAUGGUUAGUCGCACACCCAUGGCCACUGGUGGCAUGUUACAAAGACCUCGACCACCUAAUGUUAACAUUGGCCCAGGACCUGGUGGACUCAAUAUUGGAACACAGAUGCCUCCUUCAAGACCUGAAUGGCGCCAGAUUAUGAUGCAGGGCAGCCAGGGUAACAUGCAGAUGAUUGGACCAAUGAGGCCAGGAUAUCCUCAGCAACAACCACAGCAAGGUGCCAUGAUGAGCCAGGGUGGUCAAAUAAUUGGAAUGCAACGUCCACCUAAUCAGAUGAUGAACAUUAUGGCAAUGCAACAAGGCCCAUCCAUGCAAGGUGGCCCUGGUAUGCAGGGGACACCAGGAAUGCAACCAGGACCUGGCAUGCAGGGCGGACCUGGCAUGCAGGGCGGACCUGGCAUGCAAGGUGGACCUGGCAUGCAAGGCGGACCUGGCAUGCAGGGCGGACCUGGCAUGCAAGGCGGACCUGGCAUGCAAGGUGGGCCUGGCAUGCAAGGUGGACCUGGCAUGCAGGGCGGACCUGGCAUGCAGGGCGGACCUGGCAUGCAAGGCGGACCUGGUAUGCAAGGUGGACCUGGUAUGCAAGGUGGUCCAACUAUGCAAGGGAAUCCAAGGAUGCAAGCUAAUAUGGUUGCCUUGACUCAACAAGGACAGGCAGAAUCAGCUAAGAUACAGCAGACGGCUCUUUCAGGUGUCAAAAAGGUACGAAUGGGCAUACACAUGAGCCAAGCUGGAGGUAUGGGUGGUGCUCAGGUGACCUCUCAAUACCCUGGACAACAAGGACAGAUGACUUCUAUGGGACAGAUUCCUACUGGACCUAACCAGAUGUUGACUAAUCCUGCUGCUCAAGCCAGAAACCCUGCAGCUAUGGUUGGUAUGACUGGUGCUCGCAGCCCAGCUGCCAUGGCUCAGAUGAGUGGACCAGGCCACCCCAUGAGUCCUGCAAAUAGGGGACAGAUGGGUGGGGCCAGUCCAGUUAACAUGGGUCAGAUGAGUGGUCCUGGCCAAGCUUCCAGUCCAGCCAACAUGGGUGGCAUGGCACACCCACGCUCCCCUGCUACCAUGGGCCAAAUGCAUCCUCGUAGUCCUGCCACUAUGAGCCAAGGUGGACCAGCUAGACCACUGAGCAACCCUGGCAUGGGGCAGGGUGGCCCAACACGACCCUUGAGUAACCCAGGCAUGUCUCAGCAGCAAGGGCAGCAACCAGCACAAACAGCCGCUGCAGCACCAACACUGGGAGGUCAAACUCCUGGAAGCACUGCAGGACCCAUGAAUCGUGGCUCACCUGGUGGUAUGAACCAAAAUCCUGGUGGCAUGAGUCAAAAUCCUGGGGGCAUGAACCAGAAUCCUGGAAGUAUGAACCAAAAUCCUGGGGGUAUGAGUCAGACUCCUGGGAGUUCUUCUGGCCCUCGACCUGGCCAGAGUCCCAUGAACCAGGUACAGCCUAUUCAAGGUCCAGGAAGUGGACCACAGGCUAAUAUGAACUUGAGUAGGGUAAAAGGUGGCCCAGCUGCAGUGAAUAAUGGACCAAAUGCACCUCAAACCUCAGUGGGUAAUCAGAGGCCUGCCAAUGAUGGUAAUAGUAGUAUACGGACAUCACAACCAUCAACUCCCAACCCGCCCACCUCUAGUGGCAGUGCACCACCAACAGACUUUGAGUUUGAUUUUGGUGAAUUUGCAUCAUUGAUAAACGAUUAAAGUGGUUUAUUGGGCAUGGGUUUGGUGCCUCGUGUCAGUGCUGUACAUAUGAUGCAUUCCUGUAGACGUGUUAUAUAGUGUACAGUCUUAAUUAUUAUUAUUAUUAUUUUAUUAUUAUUGUGUCAAUAAUUAUCAGUGAAUGGUCCAAGAAUUACGAGAAAAUGAGUAAUGUAGUGUACUGAUGAGGACUUGCCAUAUCAUUUAGUCUUACUGCCAAGUAUUAAACCCCCAUACCACCAGAGAGAGCAGCCAUUUUGACAUCAGCAGGAGUGCUACAUUCCAUAAUCCCUACACUGGGGCAGAUCUCAAGUCUUCACCCUCAGUUACGUGGCAACCACAAAUUUUUUAGCCAAGCCCACGAACCACAUUUUUAUUAUAUUAGCCCAAGAGAAUGAAUUAUGUACACGACAAAAUUGUUCAGCAUGCUUUGCUCAUUCAAAACCAAAAGACUAAACUUACAUUUGGGGUAUUUUUUCCAUGGGUAGUGGUGUAGGUAAGGACCAUGAUUUUAACUAAGUGAGGGAUAAUGUGCCUGAUUAGCCACCAGGGCUUGACAUAGUUUAGCUGGUUUUUAUCAUAUUUUUCCAUGACAUGGGCCUUGGAGUAUUUGCGUUUUCCUUUUCUAAGAUUGUUUUUAUUUUAUUUUUGUAUUGUACUAAAGAUUAUAUAGAAUCUAUUCGAUGUCGUGUAUGGCACCAUAUGUUACUUGUAUAUAGGUCAAAUAUUAGUGCAUCUUCAAAAAUACAUGACAUCCCAUAAUUAUUUGAACUUCAAGGCCCACUUUGUGCCAAGUCAGUGUACAAAAUCUAUAAUUUGUGACGAACAAAUUCUUUUCUUAUUACAAAGAGUGUCGUGUAUUAUCAACUGAGAGUGUUGGUCUUUAUAUGCCCCAGCAGAGGUGACUGUAGCUAUGUACUCAUGUAGGCAGUUUUGUAGUUUUCCUAAUAUUAUAAAUUAGCAUCAGAAAGGAGCAUUUUUUAUUUUUUAUUUUUAUUUAUAUUUUUUUUUUUUUACUGGCUAGACUUUCAAUAGCAAUCACAUUUUCAUAUCCUCCUUCCUCAGCCUCCACCAUUACAAUCAAGAUUACCAUCCCCACCUCUUUGUUUAGUGAUGCCAUGUGUCCCAUAAUGCAGUGUAAAGGCACUUGGGAGGGAAGAGCUUCAAAUGUAGAACUGAUUUGAUUAAAGAGUUGCAUCAUACCAUGUAAUAUUAAAAAAUACCUCGAUUCUAAAUUACUUCUGAAUACUGGUAUGCAUUCUCCCAAGUCCUGGUUAUACUGCAUGCAACUGAAGUGCAAUGGUAAGAUACCGAAGCUCAGCAUGCCUUAUUUUCCCUAUUGUACACCUCCAUCUCUCUUAUCACCACUGGCAAUUAUCAUGAUAGCCGUGACUUGUGCUGUGUGUUAGGGCAGUGAUUAGUCACCAGUAUUAUCUUCAAGACUCUGGCACACUCCACUUAAUGCUUUACCCUACCAUUUUGCCCGAACUGUUGUCUAUGCAGUAUUAAUACGUUUAUUUUGUCAUAUUUGACGAGGAUUUUUACCCUGAAGAAUUUUUUAGAAUUACUUUCCAAAAUAUUAAAAAAAAUAUUGGAGAUGUAGGCAUGAAGAAGCUUCACUUUAACACUGGAAAGAAACACAAAACUGUAAACUAUUUUUAUAUAUGACUUGUGCAGCAUGACAAGAAAGACAUUGUGCUGAACCUACCACACUGCAUCAUAUUCCUGUCAAAAUCAGUUCUGUUGGUUGUGCCGUACAUUUCUACCAUUUUGUACAGUCUUCACCCAGUGAUUCUCAGGUAUUUUGCAGAGACCCAAACUUCCAACCAGUCCCCAACAUAUAAUUAUAUAUUUAUUUGUCUUCUACAACCAUUUGCUUUUUUUUUUCUUUUGCCAGUGAUCUUGUCAUUAGUAUUGUUAUAUUCUUGAAUUUAAUCAGGGAUAUUACAUUCUUCAGGUGCAUUUCCUUCCAUAUACUUUUUUCCUCUGGGUCUGUACGGCAAAACCAACCGAAAGGCAUGAGAAGCCCUCUGCUGUAAUCCUGCAACGAGAAUCACACCCUGCAGAUGUAUACCAUAACAGAGAAUUUAAUAGCACAAGGUGUAUCCACAGAUGGAUUGUGUAGCAUAUCCACCAGUUUAGAUGGUGGUAAUUAUUGGGCGUGCUUCUCACAGUUGUGUGGGUGGCAGUACGGCAGCGUGGACACAGGUCCUUCCUUGAGUGCGUGCUACGUGUUCGCCAGUGUACAAACUGUAGUUUACUAGUCCAUCACAUAAAGGAAUGAAGGGGAAGAUGUUGACCUGUCCACCUUUAUUAAUUUUCUUGGGAAUUUUGCCAUUUCCUGAAGGAAGUAAUCUUUCUAACGAAUAUAGUAAAUUAAAAGAAUUCUUUUUAUAUACAAUGGCAUUGAAAGUCUCCUUCGAGUAAUGUUGCUCUCACAAGGAAAUGAUUUGGGUCAUUACAGGAGCUGCCCUUCAAACGUGCCCAUGAAUCAGUGAAAACAUAGGUUGUGUAGCAAGUAUCCUUUUCCAGAAGACAUAUUUUUAAAUGUUUGUUAAAGUUUCAAGUGUACAAAUUUAGCCUCUAUUUUAAAGGCAGUGUGUUUUCACUGAUUUUUGGUCCAUAAAGUUUUGUAAUGCAAAAUUGGAGUUUGUGCAUUUGUGACAAUAACAUUAAUUAUGAGUUUUGGGGGAUUUGAGUAACAGGUGCUUGUUUCCUCCCCAACCCCUUUUUUUUCUUUUGGAGGGAAAUGACCCUUAACAGCUAACUCCCAAAAGUCUCAUAAUUGAUGGGCUAAUCACAAUUAAUGAUAAACAUGGGCAUCAAAGCAUUUUACUGUUACUACUAGUAUUGACAAACUUUGAAGUUGCUGAUUUUUUUUAAAUCUUUGUAUCAGUAAAGUUUGCUUAAAGUUCAUAGCUAAUUUUAUUUCAACUUUGGUACCAAAAUGCUGGCAUUGUUCCACAUUAUUUUAGGUGCAAUUUCAAAGCUUCAUGCAAUUCUUAUCCUUAUUUUACUAAAUUUUAGAUUAAUUUAUUAUCAGAUGUUUUCUAUAUAGUGUGGGUUUCCAAUAAGUUGCACAAUUAAAUUUGAUUUAACAGUUGAAACCAGAAUUUUAUUAGAUUUUUGUGGGUCUUUAAAUACCAGAAUAUAUCUCCCCACAUCAUACCUGUCAAUCCACUUACCUAACCAUGCUUUGAUUGCCCGGUUAAGGAUCAAACCUGAGGCUCUAGUGAAAAUUAUUUGCAAAUGAGUAUUAUAUAGUUGAAUUUUAUACAAUAUGAUUAUAAUUGAAAAUUUGACUGGUACUAUUUGCACAUUGCAAUUAUCUGAGCCACAGGUCUUGUCCUGCUACAAACUUUUGACCCCAGACAGUGCCGCACCGCCACCACGACAGUGUCUUGCAUCACCUCGCAUCGUUUCAUCGAAUGCACCCCAGCCACCUUUGAGAUCUUGAUACAAAAGGGCUGUAUAUAUCAUCAGGACUAGAUCAGUAUUCCUUCAUUAUGUAUUUUGUAAAGCUCUGCCAAUUAUGGCUAUACUUGAUGUAUUGUAAUUACUCCUUGUAAAUAUUUUCCAAAGGCUGCUUUUAUGCAAGCUAUGUAACUAUUAAAUCUGUUUCUACCACAAACAAACUGUGGUGUCUAAUGUAAUGAAGGUAAUGAUGUCCCAGGUUUGCCUCCCAAGGAAUCUUGUUACACAGCCUGAGUGAAAUUAACAAGAGACAAAGGUUGCUGUGGUGUUAGUGUCACACUUGAAAAGUGGCACAACAUGCAGUUGAGGAAGUGACUGUUGUGCUUCAAAAAUGCAGCAGCCACUCCUUAACCCCGAGGCAAUGGUUCUGUCAUACUUUGUAAGCACAGCAGCCGCACCUUAACCCCGCUGUGUCUUGUUGGCUGGUCACUCACUUAGUAAGAAAUGGAAUUGUAAAUUUGCAGGAUGUAGUUUGAAGGGCACAGAACAAGUGUGAAUUCAUAGGAAAUAGCUGUAAGGGUACAGGGAAAUGAUUGUAUUCUAGCACGUAGGAUUAGGGGGAGGGCUCCUCAAAGAAUGCCACAAAGCCAAAAAAAGGAAAAAGCAGGAAGGUGGGUGCGGCACAAUGACCCCCCCUGGCCACACCUGUGACCGGAUGAUCUCAGCCGAAGUACUUAGGUCACAAAGUCUAUUGCUUUGUAUCAUGUCAUUCACCAGCUGACAUGCCAUCCUUGCAGAUAUGUAAAUAUUGUUGUCAUUUCAAAUGCAAUAAAAUAGUUUCGGUCA